AGUGCACAGCAGAAGUGAAGGUUGAAAGUGUCGAGCUUCUUCAUGUCACGAUGCCAACCCAGUUGUUUCUGUUUCUUACUCUCAUUGCACAAAUACUGGCUAAAGAACCUCCUGAUGUGGAGUGUCUGGUGAUUCACCUGGAACAUGUUCGCUGUGUCUGGAACCUGCAGGGGACUCCAGAUGUCAACUACACCUUUUCCAGCAGGUUCUCUGGUGAGAGAGAAAGUAGCUGUGCUGACUACCUGACUGAGAGUGGAACAAAUAUUGGAUGUAGGCGUCCCUACACCACAGCCCAGAGAUUCAACACAUUUUACAUUAAACUGACACACGGCACCCAGACGUAUCCGAAGGAACUUGACCUAAAAGGAAAAGUGAAAUUAAACCCACCAACCAACGUGACUGUAAAGAAUGGAUCCGACUUCAACCUGUGGUUUUACUGGAACCAGACUAAACCAAAUUGUGUAGAGAGUCAAGUACGAGUUAGAAUGAACAACAACAAAUGGGAGCCUUCAUCGGUGUAUAAUGCACAGCAUUACUGCCUAAACCUGCCCUCCAGCAGUGCCAGAUAUGAGCUGCAGGUGAGGAGCAGAAUAGAGUCUUCCUGUGGAGAAUCUGAAUUUUGGAGCGACUGGAGCGAGCCUGCAGUCUGGGGAUUCAAUAACACCACAUACGCAAAUAUAAAAGACGCGGCGAUGCCAGUGUGGACAGCAGUGCUGUACGUGUUGGGCGCCAUCACCCUCGUCCUUCUGGUCAUGAUUUUACUGCACAAUGAACGGAUUAAAAUCAUCCUGAUUCCUCCGCUUCCCAAGCCAGUACUGAACUCUCCUGAUGUCGAGGAUUGGUUUCAUUUCUCCAAGGGCCUUAUUAAGGAAGGAUUUAAUGCCAACUUCAGUGAGCGAGCCUGCCCGGUGCGCGAGUACCAACCCGUCUCGCGGUCUGACAGCAACAGCUCUGACAGCUCCGGCCUUACCACCACCACCGAUCAAACCGACUGCUCUAUCGCCAUCGCAGAGAACGAACCGGAGGACACGUCGGCUCCUUUGUACACCACCGUGAUCCCCUCUGAAGAGGGGCAGCAGGUUUCUGUGUAAACGUCACCGGAGGCAGAAUCUGUCAAAGUUAAACAAGCCUCCAUUUUUUUUUUUUUACUG